AAACAAGUUGGACACACCAAUAGCUGAGUGCUCAAGGCGCGCGAGCAGUUCUAGCUGGAGCCCCUAAACAACGCUCAUACUGAGCGACGCGUGCCCCCCAAAAACGCAACUUUCUGACGGAAUUGAAAUGGGAAAACAUCACUGACGAGUGAAAGCGAAGGGAUUAUCAGAUGUCGCCGUGACAAACAGACGGCUCGUUUAUUAUCCGGUUAUUGUUAGUUAUUAGUGUGCGCGGGUUUCUUUGAGGAUUCGGGGUUCCGCUAUCCACUGGAUGUCCGGGAGUGGGAAAGUCCUCAAUACACUACGGCUGCGUUUCAAAGUGAGGUGGUGCACCGCAUCGGACCGUACUCUCCCCAUAGUGGCCGGGCUGCGGGCGGCGAGACUACCAGGAGGACCCUUAUAGCUGGACACACAGGCAGAUCCAAGGUUGAAAAUAGCUCCCGAUUUGUUUCGGGGAGUAUUUGUUUCCACGGGUCCCACCGACCGAGGGGACUUACGGGGACAACAAUGCAACCGGCUCGGGGAGCCGCUGCGAGGGGUCCCGGGACGCCGGAGGUGUUUUUGCUCACCCUGCUGCUACUCUUGUGCGGACUCCCGGGUCCACGGGGUGCCGUAGCGUUCGGCGACGAGGUGGAGGAGAUGACCUGCGACCCGAUACGGAUCGCCAUGUGCCAGGGUCUCGGUUACAACGUUACCAAAAUGCCCAAUCUGGUCGGCAACGUGCUGCAGUCGGACGCGGAGCUGCAGCUUACGACGUUCACGCCGCUCAUCCAGUACGGCUGCUCUAAUCAACUCAAGUUCUUCCUGUGCUCAGUGUACGUCCCCAUGUGCACGGACAAGGUGCCCAUCCCCAUUGGUCCGUGCGGUAGCAUGUGUCUGUCCGUCAAGCGCAAGUGCCUCCCCGUGCUGAACGAGUUCGGCUUCAUCUGGCCUGAGGUGCUGAACUGCAGCCUGUUCCCGCCACAGAACGACCACAACCACAUGUGCAUGGAGGGCCCCGGGGACGAGGACGUGCACCACCCGGCCCGGCCCCUGGCGCCCCAGGAGGAGGAGUGCCAGGCCCUGGGCACCGCCCCGGACCAGUACGCCUGGGUCCGUCGCAGCCACAGCUGUGCUCUACAGUGCGGCUACGACAGCGGCCUGUACCGCCGCGGCGCCAAGGUGUUCACCGACGCCUGGAUGGCGGCCUGGGCAGUCAUGUGCUUUCUGUCCACCACGCUCACCGUGCUCACCUUCCUGUUGGACUCGCAGCGCUUCUCCUACCCCGAGAGACCCAUCAUCUUCCUCUCCAUGUGCUGCAACCUGUACAGCGUGGCCUACCUGGUGCGGCUGACUCUGGGCCGGGAGCGGGUGUCCUGUGACCUGGAGGAAGCGGCGGUGCCCGUGCUGGUCCAGGAGGGGUUAAAGAGCACCGGCUGCGCUAUAGUCUUCCUCCUGCUCUACUUCUUUGGCAUGGCUUCAUCCCUCUGGUGGGUGAUCCUGACCCUGACCUGGUUCCUGGCGGCCGGCCUCAAGUGGGGCCACGAGGCCAUCGAGAUGCACAGCUCCUACUUCCACAUCGCCGCCUGGGCCAUCCCCGCAGUCAAGACCAUCGUCAUCCUCAUCAUGCGGCUGGUGGACGCCGACGACCUGACGGGGCUGUGCUACGUGGGCAACCUGCAGCAGGAGGCGCUCACGGGCUUCGUGGUGGCGCCGCUGGCCACCUACCUCCUCAUAGGCACCCUGUUCAUCUGCGCCGGCCUGGUGGCACUGUUCAAGAUCCGCUCCAACCUGCAGAAGGACGGCGCCAAGACGGACAAGCUGGAGCGUCUGAUGGUGAAGAUCGGCGUGUUCUCGGUGCUCUACACGGUGCCGGCCUCCGUGGUCAUCGGCUGCUACCUCUACCAGCUCUCCCACUGGGGGGAGUUCGGCUCGGCCGCGCGCGACUCCUACGUGGCCUCGGAGAUGCUGCGCAUCUUCAUGUCCCUGCUGGUGGGCAUCACCUCCGGCAUGUGGAUCUGGUCGGCCAAGACCCUGCACACCUGGCAGCGCUGCACGGCCCGCCUGCUGAGGGACGGCCGGGGGGCGGCCCGCGCCGGCAAGAGGGUCCCCGGGGCCGGGCCCGAGGGCUGGAUCAAACCGGGCAAGGGCAACGAGACGGUGGUGUGAGGACGGCUCCGGGGGAGGAGAGCGAGGGAGGUCGAAGUUUAGGAUGGGGAGACGUAAGAAGAGACACAGAGGACGGGGAGGGCGAUGGGAAAAUGGCUGCAAAAGGACCGCAACGUGGGCAUGGAAAAAUGCCCCCCACGCCCUGCAGCCCGACCGUCUCUGUGUCUCCGCCACGAGAGAGACUAGUACACACAGAGAGACACGGGAGCAGAGGAUGAUCAGGGAAGCUGAAGACGAUGCACUAUAUGACUUGAGGUGGGGGGGGGGGGUUCUUCAUCAAGAUGUCAGCUCUCUAAGAGCUUAUGCGUAUACUUUACUGGCUCCGGGGGCUCCCUUGAAGCCAAAGCACACCUCGCCUCUCGGUCUACACUGAAUAACGUCGUGGGGGUGUGGACGUUCAGCCCCGGGCCGGUUGAAGGCAGAGCUUGAAAGCGAUUUAUGAAGGCGACCAAAAGGAAAAAGAACAUAAAGGAACGGACUGGUUCGUCUAUAAAGUAGCACCACUAGCCUCUCUACCUCUGACAGACGUGAAACGCUCAGAGAUGGAGAAGCAAGCAAAACAAUGAAUGAGAGGGCAACGAGGGGGGAAGACGGUCGGAUGGAAUCAAACUGAUCUCAGACCGAGGUUCCCUCAAGUAAUAUAUAAAAACAUGUAUACCCAGAUCACCUUCUAUUCUUCCAUGCCGUUUUAUGAUGUCCAAAAUCCUAAAACAACUCAAAAAACAAUGUGGAGACAGACCAGGGAAAGAAUGUGAAAAGCCAGUCCAUAGCCAUUAUGCUAAUGCAUCACUUAGUCAUGUGGUGUGGGUUCGGUCAUUUGAGUGCCUUACCAGGUGUCACCGGGUCACCUGAUACUGAUAACCAGCACAAUAAGCAAUUACCACAGUGUACUGUAGGAGAGCCACAGGUAGUCCGUUUGAAUGGCCAUGCCCUAACGUGGAUGACCAACAAACCACACAUUCUGCAUUGCAUUGCAUACUUGCAUGUUUCCAGUCGGAAAUAGUUCAUUUUACAUGUUUUUUAUUUUUUUCAAGGAAAAACAAACGCCACCGAUCAGUGAUCCGGGCCCUUUUUAUUACUUUCUUUUACGUACAUUUUGAUGCAGUCCAACGCCACAUGAGGAAGCUCACGGCCGCCGCGAGCUCACAGCAUUGAGCAGCAGUGAACUGACCGGGACCCCAACUGGGCCUGGUUGAACAUCAUAGAGUGUAUGAAAUGAUUUCCUCAUCACCUAACACCAGGUCCGAGGGCAAUAAGACAAUCAUCUCCCAGGAAUGAGUCCAAAAUCACACUGCUUAGGUACUAAUUAAUCACCACUCCCCACACCCGCAAAUACAAACCAUAAACUCAGUGGGUUGCUUUUUGACAAAAUAGAAAAGUUAUAUUUUUAAACGCUUUACAUUUUAGGAUAGCAGGGAAACCUCAGAACCUCUCAUCUAACAAGUCUGUUUACUUUGCUGACUUCAUGACAUUAUUUGUUUGCCAAAUUUAGGUUUCACUUGCCAACUCGUAACACCCACGUUACCGAGGAUGCAUAAUAAUUUUGAUCAUUAGUCACAAGAGGCUGACAGUUAAUGGCACAACAUAUUGGACUCCGUCUUGGAACAAGAGUUUUCUUCUUAGUCUAUCUGCCUUUCUUUCUGCCUGUCCGCCCACUUGCCAGCCUAGCUUUCCUUCUGUCCAAAUCUAUUUAUUAACUGCUGUUGGUCUUAAUCUCUUGUGUGAUUUGCUGGCAGGGGCUGCAAUUCUAUUAUUUCUAUGUUUACCUUUCUACCCGUGCCAUGUUGACAGUAGUCACGAUUUACUUUUUUCUCCUACGUCACGAUCAGCGAUGCCGUCAUUUUACCAUGAGCAGAACAUUGCGGCUAUAGGUCCAUGUCAUGAUAGUUUUCCACAGUCCUUGCUCCUGUGUUCAAUCUCAGAUGUCAUCUCUCACGGGGCAUACAUUGUUUAGUCUGCAGGCGACAUGUUGCUAGGUGACAAAAAAACGAUUCUGACUCUAUUUUGCGAGACAAUCUAUUCUGCAAAGCUCUUUCUACUUUAUAUAUAUGUCCAUUUGUCUUUGAUGGUACUUUUUUUUUCCCCCAUUGUUUUUAUGACAAUGGCCACAGAAGGCUGCAUGUCCCAAACAUAGUAAAGAGAGGGGUUGGUUUUUAAGGUUAAAUAAUCAUUAAAUGAUCAAAAUUCUCUUUAAAAUCCCAUUUCUUUACAAAACCUUUCCAAUCAUGAAUGGACCAGGAUCUUGGCGCAUCAAAAGACAUUCACAAAGCAUAAUUCUUUGAACCCAGAACUAAAUAACAUCCGAUCCCAGCCAUCCAUCUGCCAAAUCAGUGCUGUUUCUCUUCUUGAUACGUCAUAAUGCUCAUCUCUGCCUGCUUGUAAUCACACGAUAACCUUUGGUUUGUAUGAAGUGCUUUUCAUUGGUCAUCAUGAUACGCUCUGUAAGGGUAUCUCAGCGACAUCAUGAUGUCAUAGAUGUAUUAUAAGAAGAAAUGCUUAUUUAUCUUUGUAAAAAAAAAAGGCAAAUGGCUUUAUUUGGAAAUUGUUUGUUAUUUAAAAUACACUUUUGUAUCAGAAGAAAUAAAUAAACCUUUUUGGUUUUUACUUUAAAACAACAUUUCUCUGGUGUGAAUGCGUUCGUGUGUGUCUGCAUGUGUCAGUGUGUGUGUCAGUGCGCGCAUUUAAUUGCUUAAAAAGGGGUUUGUACGUACGUUGAAUAAUACUGCCACCUAGAGUAAUGUAAGUAUAACGCCAGAAGCUGUUACUAUUUGUCACCCGAAGCCUUCAGGCAGACACUUUCAGAAGAGCAUGUGCUCAUAUACCUUCUAGGCCUCACUCCAUUUAUCCACAGCUAUUUUUAUUCAAUUAUAGGCAAUUGUAUUCAUAUAGCACUUAAUCAAAGUUACAGCCCCAAGGGGCUUUACAGGUCAUAUCUAGGACACCCCCUUACCCUAGCACCUAUAGGGCGAGAAUAAAUAGAAAUUUAGUACGGUUCAGGUGGGUGGUACCCUACACUAGCCAAAACGAAAGAAUCUGAAGUGUUUUGUUUUUUCAAGUAUGACGAAAGCAAGCACCUCGAACCAUGUGAAUGUAUAUUUAUUAUCGGUUUAAGUUUGAUCUUACAGUUAGAUAGAUAUUAGGCCCCCUCAACCACUGUUCUUUGGUUUUCAAGAUAAUUGUGAGCUAACAUAGUUGGGUUGAGUAGCUUCGCUUAAUGGAAGAAAUACAUCUGGUUUUAACCAGGUAUAAAUUCAGAGAUUUAUAUCAGACUAGAGUUUUCGUGCGCACGUUGCACGCGCUCAACCUCUAGUUGUAAUUAAACCCAUAACAAUAAUGUGGAAACCCCAGUCGAUAAUGUAAACAAUUCUGAGCGCAUUAGUAACUUGUGU